AGCCAGGUAUCUGUUUCCAGACCCGCGUAGUGUGUGGGCAGGUAAAUGCAAGUGGGGGAGAAAAGUAUUAAAGGAAGCCCAAUGUAUUUGCAUGGGUCGCGCGCUGGCUGAAGGUAUGGCGAUCGCCUCCUCCGGUUAGGAGGGUUGCAGGUGUGGUGUGUCUCCUCUCCCGCUGAUUUACUUUUAACUGCGGAAGGGGAACCGCUUGCGCGGGGCUGAUUUGCGGACUUGGAUUGACUCUGCAUGGUGGAACAUGACAGCGUCUCUGGAUUACCUGGUGGUUUUAUUCGGGGCGACAGCCGGGGCGCACGGCAGAAAGCUGGGAUCUGACGAGAAAGAGCUGGUGCUUUUGUUGUGGCAAGUAGUGGACUUGGUAAACCGAAAGGCAGGGGUCAUACACAAAACGUUCGUAAAGCCUAAUAACUCGGAGUUAACGGAGCGACACGCUGAACACACUGGCGUUACAGUGGAAAAUCUGAUGACAGCGGAACCUCUGGAAGAAGUCCUUCAACAGUUCAGUCAGUCUGUGAGCAAAGAGCUGAAUGAGGGAACUUCGUUCUGCCUUUGUACUGACAGUCAACUGCACGUUCGCCAAGUCUUCCACCCUGAGGCUUCCAGCAAGAAUAUUACAUUGCCAGAGUGCUUCAAUUCCUUUUUUGAUCUACAAAAAGAAUUCAAGAAAUGCUGCCCAGAUGCUCCGGACCUUCAUGAAAUUGAUCUCAAUGUUAUAUCUGAUUAUCUACAUCUUGAAGAUAAUUCUGCCCCUUACAGAUUUGGUAUUUCCGAUAUUAUGACUACAACCAGCAUUAUAUUAAGCAUUAUUUCUGAACCACACAACCACAGGUUUGUAGAUCCUGAAAGAGUGAAUCACAAAUUUGAAACGGGGACUUGCAGCAAGAUGGAGGUGAUAGAUGAUAAUACAGUUAUCAGAGCCAGGGGGUUACCCUGGCAGACAUCCGAUCAAGGCAUUGCCAGAUUCUUCAGUGGUCUCAACAUAGUUAAGGGUGGUGUAGCACUUUGCCUGAAUUUUCAGGGACGACGGAAUGGAGAAGCACUUGUGAGGUUCAUCAAUAAUGAACACAGAGACCUGGCACUACAGAGGCAUAAACAUCACAUGGGCAGUCGAUAUAUUGAGGUAUACAAGGCAACUGGGGAAGAUUUUCUAAAGAUUGCUGGAGGUACCUCCAACGAAGUAGCACAAUUCCUAUCAAAGGAACAUCAAGUCAUCAUUCGAAUGCGUGGUCUUCCCUUUGUGGCCACAGCAGAGGAGGUCCUGGCAUUUUUUGGAUCAAAUUGUCCAGUAACAGGUGGAAAGGAAGGAAUACUUUUUGUCAACUACUCUGAUGGGAAGCCAACGGGCGAUGCCUUUGUAUUAUUUGCCUGUGAGGAAUACGCCCAAACUGCACUCAAGAAGCACAAGGGCUUGUUGGGGAAGCGCUACCUCGAGCUGUUCAGAAGCACAGCUUCUGAAGUACAACAGGUCCUUAACAGGUACAGGUCAACACCCCUGAUUCCCGUUGUCCCUGCUCCUAUCGUUCCUGUGAGACCUCAACCAUUUGUACCUUCUGCAAGUAUUCGUGACUGUGUCCGUUUACGAGGCCUGCCCUACGCUGCCACAAUUGACGAUAUUCUGCAGUUCCUGGGGGAAUUUGUCUCUGAUAUUCGACCUCAAGGAGUGCACAUGGUAUUGAAUCACCAGGGCCGCCCUUCAGGUGAUGCCUUCAUCCAGAUGAAGACGUCAGAUCGAGCGUUCCUGAGCUCUCAGAAAUGUCACAAAAGGACAAUGAAGGACAGAUAUGUUGAAGCAUUCCAGUGUUCAGCUGAGGAAAUGAACUUUGUGUUAAUGGGUGGCACUUUAACUCGAAAUGGCUUGUCACCUCCGCCAUGUAAGUUACCAUGCUUGUCACCUUCUACCUUUGCUGCGUAUCCCACACAGGCGUCUGUUGUUUCUGCUGAGAUCUGUCAGCAACCCGUAUUCAUCAUACCCCGAGUUUGUCAGCCGCCAACUGCAUUCUAUCCAGCCACUGUGCAGCUCUACAUGAACUACUCAGCAUUUUACCCAAGUACCCUGUUGAGGAAUGCCGGGAAUGUAUGCAUGCGUAUGACCAGACCAGGACACUUCGGUAUUUAAAUGACUCAUGAAAUAGACUCCUUGUAACAGAAAACAGCAUCCUCAGUGCUAAUCACAUCCAGUCUGCGUGGACAGAGCAACAGUGGCACUUUUGUGCUGUUUCUAUCACAGCAUGUUGCCAAGCCAGCUGUGGUAGAGAAGAACCACCAACUCGUUGGCCAUCGCUGUGUGGAUCUUCAUGCCUUGUAAAAUAUGUUUGCUCCUCAGAAUGAAAUCUGGGCAAGUUGUAUGUUGAUGCAAACAGUAAUAUCUGUAAAACAUAGUUUAAAAAUUAUCUUAAAUCUAACAUGAUGUGAGAUGUCCAGAAAUCAUAUAACAAUUUGUAUUGCUUCUCAAAUAUUGUACCAUUCUUAUCAUCAUUAUUUUUUAAGCUUCUCUUGUAGUUACGUAUGCUAUUCCAAUAAUCUAAUUAGCUUUCUUGUGCACACUUUAAGUUUUGUAAGAGUUUGUGAAUGUAAAUGGCAGCAAUGAGACAUACAGUAGAGUUGUAGGACAUCACAGCACAGAAACAGGCCAUCUGAGAUGCCCUCCUUCUUCGAAGAAUAGGAUUUCCCUUCCUUCACCAUUGAUGCUGCCCUCAGCCACAUCUCCUCUAUUUCCCAAACAUCUGUUUCAGCCCAUCUUUCUGUCACCUCAACUGCAAUAAGAGUUCCUGUUGUUCUUGUCUACCACUUCAUCCACAUCCAAUUCAUCAUCGUCUGCAGCUUCUGCCAUCUCCAAAGGGAUCCCACCACCAAAAAUGUCUUUAAUUCUCACCUGCCACUGCAUUCUGCAGGGAUCACUCCCUCCACAAUUCCCUUGUCCAUUCAUCCUUCUCCACUUAUCACCGUCCUGACAGUUAGACCAUAAGACAUAGGAGCAGAAUUAGGCCAUUUGGCCCAUCGAGUCUGCUCAACCAUUCAGUCAUGACUGAUCCUUUUCCCCCCUCCUCAACCCCAUUCCCCAGCCUUCUCACGGUAAUCUUUGAUGCUGUGUCCAAUCAAGAACCUAUCAAUCUCUGCCUUAAAUACAACCUGGCCUCCACGGCUGCUUGUGGUAAUAAAUCCACAAAUCCAGCACCCGUUUGGCAAAAAAAAACUCUCCGCAUCUCUGUUUUAAAUGGGUGCCCUCUGUCCUGAGGCUGUGCCCUCUUGUCCUAGACUCCCCCACCAUGGGAAACAUCCUUUUCACAUCUACUCUGUCUAGACCUUUCAACAUUUAAAAGGUUUCAAUGAGAUCACCCCUCACCCUUCUAAAUUCCAGCGAGUGCAGGCCCAGAGUUAUCAAACGUUCCUUGUAUGAUAAACCUUUCAUUCCCCAAACCAUACUUGUGAACCUCCUCUGAACCCUCUCCAAUGCCAGCACAUCUUUUCUUAGAUAAGGAGCCCAAAACUGUUCACAAUACUCAAGGUGAGGCCUCACCAGUGCCUUAUAAAGCCUCAGCAUCACAUCCCUCAUCAUAUUCCAGACCUCUUGAAAUGAAUGUUAACAUAGCAUUUAUCUUCCUCGCCACCAACUCAACCUGCAGGUUAACCUUUAGGGUGUUCUGAACAAGGACUCCCAAGUCCCUUUGCAUCUCAGAUUUUUGGAUUUUCUCUCCAUUUAGAAAACAGUCUGCUCAUUUAUUUCUACUACCGAAGUGCAUGACCAUGUAUUUUCCAACAUUAUAUUUAAUUUGUUACUUUCUUGCCCAAUUUCCUAAUCUGUCUAAGUCCUUCUGCAUCCUACCUGUUUCCUCAACACUACCUGUCCUUCCACCAAUCUUUGUAUCAUCUGAAAACUUGGCAACAACAUCAUCUAUUCCUUCUAAAUCACCGAUAUACAGAAUAUGAAGAAGCGGUCCCAACACCACUAGUCAUUGGCAACCAACCAGAAAAGGAUCCUUUUAUUCCCACUCGCUGCCUCCCUGCAAGAAUCUAAGUUCUACACCUGCCCAUAUACCUCCUCCCUCACCUCCAUUCAGGGCCCCAAACAGUCCUUCCAGGUGCGGCAACACUUCACCUGCAAACCUGCUGGGCUCGUAUAUUGUAUCUGGCGCUCCCAGUGCAGCCUUCUCUACAUUGAUGAGGCCUGUCGUAAAUUGGGGGACCACUUUGUCGAGCACCUCCGUUCUAUCCGCCAAAAGCAGAACUUCCUAGUGCCCAAGCAUUUUAAUUCCCAUUCCUGUUCUGACAUGUUGGUCCAUGGCCUCCUCUUGUGCCAAGAUGAGGGUGGAGGUGCAGUACCUUAUAUUCCAUCUGGGUAGCCUCCAACCUGAUGGUACGAAUAUUGAUUUCUGCUUCUGGUAAAAACAUUUUCCAUCCCCCCCUUUUUCUUCUAUUCCCCAUUCUACCCUUUUACCUCUUCUCAUCUGCCUAUCACCUCCCCCUCAGUCCACUCCUCCUUCCCUUUCUCCUAUGGCCGUCUUUCCCCUCCUAUCAGAUUCCCUCUUCUCCAGCUCUUUACCUUUCCCAACCUCCUUGCUUCACCUAUUACCUUCCAGCUGUCCUCCUUCCCCUCCCCUACCUUUUUAUUCUGGCAUCUUCCCCAAUCCUGAAAAAGGGUCUCGGCCCAAAAUGUCGAUAAUUAUUGGGAACUAAUUCACAGUUUUAUAGUACUGUAGUAGUAUUGAUGUUGUUUUGUAUUUCAUUUAAAUACAUAAUUUCUUACUCAGUUAAA